GGGUUGUGCGACACGCAAUGACUGUAAAGUAUCCAAAUAAAGGGCUAGUCAUAGAGAAAUGGAACAAGGUAGCUGUUAAAAAUGCUCUUGAUGAUACCGUGCAACUUCUGUUGAGUAAAACUUCUGGUGUUGAGCGGAAAUACUUCUUAGAAAAUUUUCACUUUUUACUCAACAGUGUAGCUGUGUUAAUUGCUAUUAUCUCUCUUGGUUAUAGCUAUUUCCACUCCGUUAUGGAAUUUCCCCGAGUGAUGACCGCUUGUAUUAUCGCGUAUUUUGCGCUUAUAUCAAUUGCUCAAUUAUUUUCAUGGUAUGUAAUCCAAAAUAAAAUACUGAUCGCCGCAUUCCGCAAGGACAUGUUUUCCGUAUCCACAAAGUUUAAUCCAAAAGAAGCAAAUUAUUCUGUUAUCUUUACUAAUCUUAAGAACAAAGAGGAGCAUAAAGACGUCAAAAGUAUUGGACAGUUUAUUGACGUUGAAGGCCACGUGCAUAAGGAAUCUCUUGAAGCUUUUUUGAAUAAUUUGUUUACAAAAACUUUUCCUGAGUGUCAUAAGAAGAAGUUAUAG